AUGGCCGAUAUCAAUUUCCCAAUGGCAGAUGUUGCAACAGACAUGGAAGUGGUGCAAGAAGAGGACACCGCGUUGAUGCCAGAUGUUUUAGGCAGCCCCAAGUCAACUAGAGAAUAUGUACUGAGACCAAAUGCGGAUGAUGCUAAGGCGAAUGAACUCGAGAGCCAGUCCAAGAACAUUCUCAACCCCUUCUCUGAUAUCCUAAAGGACUACGCAGAGGGUAGGCUUGACUACCACUUUUCAUCAACACACAAAGGAAAAGGACCUCAUGGCGAUGUUCACAAUCCGGAUGCAGACCAGGUUCAUCUCCUCCUUGCUGGCCUUGGUGACCAAACUCAGACCUUGACAGGUUGGAAGACAGUCUUCCGUAGUGAUGAAGAGGACACAUACAAACCGUUUUCAGUGUCCAUUAUUGAUUUGCCUGGAUACGGAAAGACCAGACUGCUAUUUGAAGCAGUCGUGAAAUACUUUUUUAUAUAUUUCAUUUGCUCUAGAGGGAAAUCAACUUGGGCAACGGGAUCAAGUGAUUUAGAAUGGAUAAUACGUAUGAUCAACGAGAGCAACAUAGUUGGGGUGAACGAGGAGAAAAUGGUGCAAAGAGCAUUUUACAUGCUUCUCUAUUCAAGGAUUUACAUUCUACACCAUUUCCUGGAUCUCAUCUUGUGGGAUCCCACAGUUACAACUCUAGAUGUUCGUCGCCGCCUAUUGCUUCUACAAGCAUGUCCCCCAUGUCGUCCCUUUGAUGAUGACACCAUAUCAGAUCUCUUCAUCCACUUGGUGACUGCGGCAAGCUCAUUUGGGAUGGAAACACUGCGACAGGGCUGCAGGAACUCGCUGUAUAACUUUCACCGAUCCAUCAAGAUGCUUCUGCGUAACAAUGACUCUUCUGAUUCACAACAAAUGCACCUCAUCUUCGAUGACAUAGAGGCUGCUACCAGUGAUCACUGGCUUUAUACAACCUCAGAUGGAUCUGCCAAGCAAUCCAUACUCGGAUGCUUUGUCGAAUCGUUGGAUAUCCUUUUAGAGCCCCGAGCAAUAGUAUCCACAGCCUCUAGGCUCUCCAUGGAUGUAUUUGAAAUAAUGGACAGCAUGGAGUUUGUUCAAGGCCCCCCUACCAGGUUGAUUUACACCUCAAAAGUCUCGAAACCAGACCAUACUUUGGAGGGUUGCUCUAGUUAUAUCCUCUGCCAUUUGCCAGAGCUGAAAAGGGUCCCUGUUCUUCUUCAGAGGUUUACAAUGUGGCUAUCGCCUCAACCACGACUUGUUGCUAGGCUGCUCGAGAUGUAUAUGGCAGUGAAACACAUUGAGGAAAUCCAAAAAAUUCCAUACCACAAGAUUUUGUCCAGCACAAUUGAGGCAUUGACUGGAUACCGGCCCAUGGAUGCUGCAUUCUUGGAAACACAAGAGGAGGAAAUACCGAAGCUCAUUCUCAGUGAAUACUUUCUUCCUGGUGCCAUGGGAGUGAAGAAGCAGGUUGAACAUGAAAGCGUCUCACGACUUCUAUAUCGCUGGAUUCUUAGCAACCCUUCAGGUCGAGAGCUUUCUCACAAUCAUGCUUCCAGACUCGUUGACUUCGGGGUCACCUCUCUUCCCCCUAUUGUGGCUCGAACUCCAUAUCAAUUUAUGAGAGACGUAGCAGAAAGUGUCGCUUUGACAGAGCCUUGCGGUGCACUGUCAUUAAUGGUGCUUCUUGGCUCUGCUGGAGCAGACACUCUCAAAGCUUCCAUGAGGAAGGCGGUAUUUGAUGUGGAAGAAAUCGCAGAUGAGGAGGAUAUCUUCAAGAGAGGCACAAUAUUGGUGUUGAUGAAAAAGCUGGGAAAGGAAGCUGGUUGCACCUUGGAUGACAUCCUUCAGUUUCACAAUGGUGCUCCUCCCUGGACGAAGGAGUGUUAUCGUCUGAUCUCCUUUGUGAGGAACAGCGACAGCGGUGUGCAAAUCCCUGUGCGCGUUACAUGGAAGUUGGGUGCAUCUCCUCACCUGGGGUUCAAAGCCCGAGAACCUGAUGAUGUUAUGCGUUGGAUAAAGGAUCCGAGUGGUGUUCCUUUCUUUUUUCCAGAUGCAUAUCAUUGGUCAGAUGCUCUUGCUAUUGUUGAGAAUCGGACGACAUUGGAGAGGUCGGUGCUGGUUAUUCAGGACAGGAUUGGAGCAACUGAUGUCAAGGAACCGCUCUCAACCUCCUGUUAUAUGGAGGAUAAUGUAUGUGCAUCGGUUGUUCUCAUAAACAUAUUUCAAGACUGGACUUACAAAUUUUCAUCGCAGUGGUUAUCCCCCCUGUUGGAUGCUGAGAAACCAAUGCUAGGGGAAGUGCAACCCAGAAAACGGGUGAAGUGCCAAAACGUUGCCAUCCACUGCCCUAAACGAGACAUGACGUGGGCCCCCUUGGUUAUUAGCGUUGUCGCGACCACCUGUGAUAUCUCAAGAGUAGAGCACAAGUCAGAUGCCAAGCUGGAGCCGAUUGGAAUACUUCGUCUUGACGAAAUCUGA